UCAUCUCCCCCUCCUCCCCUACCUCCCUCCCCUCCCCCUCUCAAGAGAAAGCCAUCAUGGCAGACCUGGCUAAGCUUCUGGAUGUGGCGACUGUGGUUGAUGCGGCGUCGGAUAGUGCGGUGCUGGGAGCGUCUGUGACGGCGUUUAUGCUCGGCGGACUGUGGUACUCGCCGCUGCUGUUUGGCAACAUGUGGUUCAACCUCUCGUUCCCAGGGCGCAAGAUGGAAGAGGUCAUGGCUGACGGCCACCCGAUUCUGCCGUAUGCAGUGGCCAUGCUCACUUCGAUCCUCUCUGCUGCCGCUCUGAAGGUCAUCCUCCCGGCUUCGGUCCAGGCCGAUCCGGUGGAGGCUGCCAAGGCCGGCGCCAUCCUCGGCACUUACUUUGCCUUUUUCUCGCUCUCGGUUACGUACCUCUUUGCGUCGCGGCCCAAGGGCCUCAUCUUCAUCGAUGGCCUGUACCACGUCGUUCGCCUCGCCAUCCUCGCCGCGGUCCUCGCCGUCCUGGCCUAGCCGCAGCUCGCUUACGCUCCU